AUGACUUUUGAAGAUGAGGAGAGACGUGGCGGAACCCCCAGUGGUGUCGUGGAAAGAGAAGCAGAGGAUUAUUUCGGGCAUGUUUCAACUGAAGAAUCGCCUCUUCUUAACACAGAUCCUCCGCCAGAUGUCGUACCAGACAAGGCCUUUCAGCACUUGGUUCUGAGCAUGUGCGUGCUCUUCGCGUUCAUCGUCGAAGUCAGCGUAUUCAUCAUGCAGCCGCCUUUGCAGCAAGUCAUGGAGGACCGUAUCUGUGGCGAAAUCUACCCAGAUCAUCCAGUUGGCAUCAUGUCAAAAACUGAUGGCCGUUGCAAAGACAACAGAGUCCAGACAGAAUUGGCCAUGCUGCGAUCAUGGGAAAUAUCAGCCGAGAUGUUUGUUCCCUUCUUUGUGCAGAUCCCUUACGGCAUCAUCGCCGACAAGUAUGGCCGGCGACCUGUCCUGUUCCUGGCCUUAUUUGGAGCCGUCAUCCAAACUGCCUGGAUUCUCUUAGUUUUGGGCAUGCCCAACUCCUUUCCUGUCUGGUCAAUGUUGUAUGGCAACAUCGCGUAUCUCAUUGGGGGAGGCGGGCAAAUGGCGGCAGCCAUGAUAUGGACGCUGCUCGCGGAUGCCAUCCCCGUGGCCAAGCGCACGAGCGUCUUUUACCUUCUAUACGCCAUGAUUCUCAUCAUAGGGGUCAUCGUAAACCCCAUUGCCGCACUGCUACUCAAAAUCAAUCCUUGGAUUGCACUUUGGUUAGGGUUCGCCAUGCUUGUGGUCGGGCUCUUUGCGUCGCUGUUGGUGCCAGAAACGCUGGCGCUCCGUCUACAGGCCGACAGAAAGCGACCUCGAGGCGCCAGUGUCGAUGGUCCGAUGCACAUCAGCAACAACCCUCGAAAGUCCUGGCUCGAGCAUGCUGUGUUUUCGAUGAAAAACGACAUGGGCCACAUCUGGCGCUAUAUUUUUGCUUCGAAAAGCGUCAUGAUUCUUAUAUUUGCCUACGCGAUCAACUAUCCAAUAAAGUUGAACCAGACAUUUAAUUUGCUGCAGUACAUGACCAGGAGAUUUAACUGGGAGUGGUCAACGGCAACGUACAUUUCCACGGUUAGCAACAUCACAGCAGCGGUCGUGCUUCUCGUAAUAUUGCCAGCGGGAUCAUGGGUUCUCGUGAACAAGCGUAGGGUCGGACCUUUGAACAGAGAUUUAAUCCUGGCUCGCAUAUCGCUAAUAUUCGUCAUCGCGGGGAGCUUUCUCACAGCAGCCGCCCCUACCGUGUGGCUGUUCAUCACUGCUCUUAUCGCCACGAGUCUCGGUGCCGGAUUUCCGACCCUUUGCAGAGCCUUGCUGAAUGCUGUUGUCGAACCUCAUACCGUUGCCACCCUGAACACAACUGUGUCGAUGAUGGAAACUGUCAUGGGCUUGGUCAGCUCUCCAGUCCUAGGGUGGCUCCUCAGCAAAGGAUUCGCCCAGUCAUCUUCAUGA